AUGGCUCGUCCUGCUAGAACCGCCGCCGCCGGAAAACCUGCUAAGUCUCCGGUGACUAAAACCAAAGCCGCUGCAGAGAAAGUGAAGAAAGCCCCUGUUUCUGCUGCUUCAAAGAAAGUCCGUUCUCAUCCUCCUUACUAUGAGAUGAUUAAGGAAGCGAUUGCUACGUUGAAGGAAAGGACUGGCUCAAGCGUUCCAGCAAUUGCUAAGUUCGUUGAGGACAAAGAAGGGAAGAAUUUGCCACCGAAUUUCAAGAAGCUUUUGUUCAUCCAGUUGAAGAAGUUUGUGGCUUCUGGGAAAUUGACAAAGGUGAAGAACUCUUACAAGCUCGCUGCUCCAGUUAAGCCGGAGAAGAAGCCGGUUGCAGAGAAGAAGCCAGCCGCCGCCGUCCCCAAGAAGGAAGCUCCAAAGAGGAAGAGAGCCGCCGGUGCUGAUGAUAAGGAGAAGAAGCCUAAGAAGACUGCUGCAGCGAAGAAGACUGCUGUGAAGAAAACUCCAGUGAAGAAGGCUCCGACUAAGAAGGUAGUGAAGCCCAAGAGCCUAAAGUCUCCGGCGAAGAAGAUGAAGAAAUGA